ACAGAGCGAGGAGUAGAGCUGCUUUUACUUUUGCCUUUCCUUUUCCUGCAAAAGCUCUUGAACCUACACCUCUUUUUAAAGAUUCUUUUUCAUACUUGCAUAUAUUUUUAAAGAUUUUUUUUUUAUAUAUACUGCACCCCACAGAUCAGUGGAUUUUUUUUUCUGUGCAUUGCAUUUAAAAGUAAAAACAAAGUGGGAAAUGUCUUGGAAAAGGUUUGAUUUUCAUGAAGACGUGACGUGUCUCGGUGAAGAGGAGAGGGAAUACCCAGAGGAACGGCAUCGUGGGAAAAUGUGGCACUCAGAGGGGACGGACAACAAGCAAGUGGAGAGGAUCUUUAAAAGAUGGAGGACACAGACAGGACGGGAUGGGAGGAGUGGGGGGUGGAGGGACAUUGGAUGGCGUGAGGACCGAGGCCGGUGGUUGGUUUGAUCUGAGCCACGUGUCCGUCCAGCCACGUCUCUUCACCGCUUCAUGGAUGUCGAUGAAACGUUCCUUCCUCUGCCCGGUCCCGUCUGUCUUGGCCCAGAUUUUCUGCCAUGAGAUGAUGAGUGAGUCGUUGAGGAGGUGGAGCUUCAGUGUUUCCCUCUCCGCUGGUUCACAGAUCAAUAACUAGUGUCCAGGUGUCCGUCAGCUGUUCUGUAGUUUCUCUGGUAUCUCCAGGUAUGACUCCCUUUAAGAGAAUGACUGGAGCAGAACAGAGGAAACUCCCUCUGAGUGCAUUAAAGUGAACAGAGGAUAUCCUGGCGAUGUCCCCGCUCUGCUGUGUGACCAGGUUCAACUGGAGCUUCAGGCUGACAGACAUGCUCUACCUCCACAACACAGGCCAGCCUUGAACUCUGCAGCGCCCCCUGUCUAUCAGCCAUGAGUCCAACGGUCAGCUGAUAGUAUGUGAUCAACAUCCUGCUGCUCCACCACCUCAAUAAAACCUACUGGACUAUUCAGUCUGUGUUGUGAAAAUGGCAGAAGAGAGUUUCAGAGCUCUGGACUGCUCAGAGGACCACGCGCUCCGGCCGGCUGACUCCCCGACGUCAUCGCUAGCAUCGCUCCAUCUCAGGGACGAGGUCAUCGACCAUAUGGGGGAUAAUCCUGAGCCUCAUUCUGUGUUUUCUGUGAUGAUGUCAUCACCACAUAACCAAUCAGGACAGCAGACAGACACAUCCAUGGCUUCUAGGCCUGAGCCUUCACCAGCAGCUCACGAGUUGGCAGAGGCUGAAAUGGGCCAGAGCGGCAGCGAGGCUCAGUCUGCUACCUGGACAGAGUUCCUGCAGGACCUUUCCUCCCCCGGAGAUCAUGAUGACGCGAGUCCUGCACUAACAACCAGCUCUGUUCAGGACGGAGAACUUCAAACCAAGAAGAACAGAAGCAAAGCGAUGGCAGCCAGUGAGUCUGAAGACAACCACCUGUGUGAUGCUGAGUGGUACUGGGGAAACACCUCCAGAGAGGAAGUCAAUGAAAUGAUGAGAAACACUCCUGACGGCACGUUCCUGGUCAGAGACGCCUCCAGUAAGGUCAAAGGGGAAUACACUCUAACACUAAGGAAAGAUGGCUGCAACAGACUGAUAAAGAUCUUCCAUCAUGGGGGGAAGUACGGCUUCUCUGAGCCUCUGGCCUUCCCCUCUGUGGUGGACCUGAUCCACUACUACCAGAACAAGUCUCUGGCCCAGUACAACUCUAAACUGGACACACGGCUCCUCUACCCAAUCACCAGAUACCAGCAGCAGCAGGUUGUGAUGGAAGUGGACAUCGAUGCGGUUGGAGAACAGCUGAGGAUAUUUCAGGAUCAAUACAAGAAGAAGAGCAAAGAGUACGACCGUCUGUUUGAGAAGUUCAACCAGACCUCACAGGAGCUGCAGAGCAAGCGGACGGCCAUCGAGGCUUUCAGUGAAAUCAUUCGGAUCUUUGAAGAGGAGUGUGAGACUCAAGAACGCUACAGCAAAGAAUACAUCGAUAUGUUCCUCUCACUGGACUCCACAGAGUCAGACAAGAUUCAGAACAACUCGGAUGAGCUCCAGUCCAGGGUGGAGGAGAUCCACAACAGCAAGAAGAAGCUGGAGGAGGAGCUGAGGAGCAGAGCGCUGGCUCACCUGGAGGUCGACAAGAAGAUGAGCAGCCUGAAGCCAGACCUGGUUCAGCUCAGGAAGAUCAGAGAUCAAUACCUGCUCUGGCUCACCCAGCAGGGAACCAGGCAGAGUCAGAUCAAUGACUGGCUGGGCAUCAGGAACGAAGAAGAGGACCCCUACACCCUGGCAGAGGACAGCAGCCAGGAGGACCAGGAGGACCGGAGCUGGUACGUGGGAGGGAUGAGGCGUAAGGAGGCGGAGGAGGUGCUGAGGGGGAGGAGGGACGGGACCUUCCUCAUCAGAGACAGCCAGACUCAGAGAGGCUCCUUCGCCUGCUCUGUUGUGGUGGAUGGGGAGGUGAAGCACUGUGUGAUCUACAGGACGUCCAGCGGCUUCGGCUUCGCGGAGCCCUACAACCUGUUCCCGUCUCUGGGAGAACUGGUCCUCCACUACCGCCACACCUCCCUGAUGCAGCACAACCAGCAGCUGAAUGUAACGCUGGCCUGGCCCGCGCUCAGCCAGCAGCCCAGCUGA